CUGCUCUCCUUUUUGCUUAGUUUGUGUUUUCUUUUCUUUUUUACAGUGAAAUUUUUUGCCACAAGAACAAAACUGUUCUGAGCACAGGCGACAUCGUAAAGUUUUCCAAACUUGCAGAAACCAUGGAAACCAUUGCAGAGAAAGGAGCAGAGGAUUUCUACUCUGGCAAGAUAGGGCAUGACUUAAUCCAAGACAUAACAGCUGCAGGUGGGACCUUGACUAUAGAGGAUUUGAGGUCAUUCCAGGUGCAGGUCCAAGAUGCUUGGACUGUUCCUUUGGGAGAUGCUAACCUCUACAUCCCUCCACCCCCUGCUGGAGGCGCCCUGCUUGCCUUCAUUCUCAAACUCAUGGAAGGGUUCUCGCUGACGCCAAACUCUCUGGUUGGUGACAAGAAGAUUGAGAUGUACCAUCAUUUUAUAGAGGCGGUUAAAUUUGCUAAUGGACAGAAGAAGAGCAUUUGUGAUCCAAAGUUUAAUAACGGCAAGGUUGGGAUCUGAAAUUUUUUUUUUUUUCUUAUUGGAACUGGGGACAUUUUCAAUACAA